AUGGCGAUUUCUCAACCUGUCGAGAUGUUGGAUAUGCCUAAAUGGUUGCUAGCCGCCUGUGUCCUUUUAUCGUUUUUGGCUCUUCGCGCCAUCUACCGAGUAACAUUCCAUCCUUUGAAAUCUUUCCCGGGUCCCGUCAGCCGCGCGAUAUCGCACAUUCCCCAUGCUCAAUCGAUCCUCAGAGGAUACUUGCCACACGAUCUCACUGCACUUCACGCCAAAUAUGGCGAGGCAGUGCGUAUUUCACCGGAUAUGGUAUCUUUCACCGCAGCCGAGGCGUGGACUGACAUCUACGGACAUGGACCAAACCGUAACUUUGCAAAGUGGGGCAUGACUCGCAGCCACAAGACUGUUGACCAUCUCUUGUCAGCCAACAAUGCAGACCACUCACGGCAACGAAGAACGGUCAAUCACGCGUUCAGUGACAAAGCACUACGAGCUCAAGAGAGCCUUGUAAUGCGGUACAUCGAUCAGCUAACGAGUGUACUUGCGGCAAAUUCCUCGAGUGAGAUCAACAUCAAGAAUUGGCUUGAGUAUACUGCAUUCGAUAUUGUUGGAGAUCUAGCAUUUGGCGAGCCGUUCGGGUGUUUGUCAAAUGGAGAAUACCACCCUUGGGUUGGGCUACUGUUCCCCUUCAUCAAAGCGCUUUCGCUGUUUGGAGCCGCCAAACUAUUCAAACCUUUUACGAUCUUCAUCAUUGCCCUUUUGCCAAAGAAGGAUAUCAAGGCGCGUAUGCAGCAUAUUAAGUUGAGCGCUGAGAAAGUCCAUAAGCGCCUGGCGGCAGGGGAGCAACCGCAUCGAUCUGACUUUUGGACGUACAUCCUGCGACACAAUGAUGAGAAGGGCAUGAGUAUCGAAGAAAUGGAAUCGAACGCGAGCCUUUUCAUCAUUGGUGGGAGCGAGACCGUUGCGACGGCACUAUGUGGAAUCAUGUACCUGUUGGCCAAGAACCCAGAGUCGGUGCAGAAGCUACGCACGGAAAUCACGGCCGCAUUCAACAAGCAGGAAGACAUCAAUAUGAUAAGUGUAGGUGGAUUGAAGAUGCUGCAGGCCACCAUAAAUGAGGGAAUGCGCAUCUACCCGCCUGUUCCAGCUGGUCUGCAGCGCAUCGUUCCCAAGGGUGGUGCAGUCAUUGCAGGACAUGUUGUACCAGAAAACACCAUCGUCAACGUCUCUCAACAACCAGCCUACCACCUCCCCAGCAACUUUGCACACCCUGAAAAGUUCGUACCAGAACGCUGGCUUCCCAAUGCCACACCAGAAUACUCAAGAGAUAGGAAAGAUGUGUUUCAGCCCUUUAGUACUGGGCCACGCAAUUGUGUUGGCAAGAACCUUGCGAUGGCGGAGAUGAAACUCAUUUUGGCUCGUCUGGUGUGGCAAUUUGAGUGGCAGCUAGCUGAUGACAAUUUCAAACUCGACGAGCAACGAGUAUUCAUUAUGAGAGAGAAACCGGAUCUGAACCUCCGUAUGAAACUCAGGGAGUUAUGA